UCCCCGCGCCGUCACGGGCGGCGGGCGGGACCUCCGGGAGGCGGGCAGAGCCUGAGGGAGGGCGGCCCAAGGUCGGCGCUGCCCUGCCCUGCCCUGCCCUGCCCUGCGCGGCUCCCCGCGGCUGCCCGCACAUGGAGUACGACUGGCUGGGCUUCGGCUACGCCGCGCUGGUGGCCACGGGCGGUGUCGUGGGCUACGCCAAGGCAGGCAGCGUCCCUUCUCUAGCUGCCGGUCUUCUGUUUGGCGGCUUAGCGGGACUGGGCGCUUACCAGCAGUCCAAAGAUCCGAAGAAUGUGUGGCUUUCCCUCGUGGCAUCUGGCACCUUGUCUGCUGUUAUGGGAAUGAGAUUUUACAACUCCAAAAAGGCAAUGCCCGGGAUAAUUGCCGGUGCCAGUUUACUGAUGGUUGGACGGCUUGGAUUGCAGAUGAUGGAAAAAACCUAUUAAGCCCUAAAUCUGCAUCAGGUGACUUGAAGACACAUGACUGAGAAGCCCAAAAAUGCAACUGCCUAAAUGUGCUGCACAUAAGUGGAAAAGGCACUGCUCCCUGUGCGCUCUAUUUUUCAUAUCCUAAUGCACAUGGGUUGUGUUUUUAAGGGACUGACACAGAGAGCCCUUGUCAUGGUAUUUGUCUUAACAUUUUCUGCACUGAAAGCGAGCAAGAAAACAUGAGCAGAGCAUUAGUUUAGCUUCUGGUCCUGUAGCUAAGUGUCGACAAAGACUUCCUAGCCCUUGCAUCAGACAUUUGCAGGAUUGAAGCUUAAAUGCACAUCUGACUUGUCCUUAUAAAAUCAUGUAUACCUCUAAAACCAGGGCAGAGGAGUUACCGAUUUGCCACUAGCAAUUAAUACAAUAAACAUGCUUAUGAUGUUCCAUUUCCCUUUCCAUGCCAGUUUAUCCAUUCACAGCAUUUGUCAGUCAGGGGGUUUGUUAUCCCAGCACUGUGUGUUACCACUUGGUCCCAGAAAACACAAUCACAGAGCCGGCUGUCGAGGCUUUGCUGUAAUGCAAUAAAUGUUUACCCAUACCCUGUAAUCACUUCUAAGCUCAGCUAUAUGUCAUUCAUUUCACUUCUACAGAUUACUACUCAUAAAUCAAAAAUAUACUUUAUUUGGCAAUGCUGAAUUAUACACACAGCUCUACUAAAAGGUUAUUUAAAAUAAACUAAGAAAUUAUUAUUGCAAA